AUGUCCUCGCAGCACACGUGGGAUAUGCCCCCUACUCCACCUCCCGAGAACGAAGUGCAGUUUAUCAUGCCUCCCGGUAUAAAAGACCUCUCGGUCCGCGUCGGAGGACCAUAUCUCUGUCCUCUCCCUGCCGAAACGUGCGAAAUUACCGAAAGAGACGACUACAGUGCGCUUUUCUAUCAUUACCACCACGAAAUGUCCCUCAAAGUCGCCGAUUUACUCAAUAUUAGAGGUGUUGACUAUGAAAGCAUCAGGCUAUGCACACGAAAGUCGAUCGAGGUUCCUGUGCCAGAUCCCAUCCCCACCAUAUUCAUUACAGCAAGGGAUAGACCCCCAGGCGAUCUUAGUUGGGUUCUUGCGGCCAACGAUAUCCUGAACUUCCUGGGUUCUUUCCAGGUAUACGGCGCCUGUGUGGAAAUAUCAGACAUUUCCCUAGUUGCCCCCGAUGAGGAGGAGGCGCCGGCUCCGGAAGAGGAGGCAGAGGAAGAGAUAGUAGAGGAAGUAAUUCCGAGGAGGGAGGCGCAAGAUACGCGCUUGGAACCCUCCUCCUGGGAGUGGGUUUACCUUUACUGGCCUUACGACAUCCCGGUUUUUGAUUAUGAUUAUUUGGCUCUUGGGGGAUUUGGUGCGAUGGGACUCUACGAGCCACCGUUUGCAGCUUCACAGCUCCAGCCUUUAUUCUUCGAUCCCUCCUUCGAGGAUCCAGAGAUGUAUACCUUGUGGUGGAUAUAG